AUGUCAGCAGACGACAGUAUUAGAGAUCAAUCGGAUGUUGAUAGGAAUAAUGAAUCCCAACUUACUGAAUCAACCGCUGUAACUAGUGAUGUUGAAUCAAAAGAUAUAAAAGAAAAUCAUGGUGAUGAUAAGCAAGAUGAUGAUAAUGGAGAUGAAAAUACACAAAAUGAACCAGUAUCGCAAUCCUCUGAUGGUGAUGUUAAUGCCACUGUUACCACUGACACAACUACUAAUGGUAAUGUUGUUAAUGAUGAUAAAAAUGGCCAAGAAAAUGGUCAAAGCAAUGGUGAAGUUAAUCAAUCAACUUCAAAAUCUGAAGAACAAGUUCAAAAAGAAUUGGAUCAAGAUGAUAAAGGUGAAGAUGUAACUGAUGUUGAAACCUCUAAUGAUAUUCCAACUGCACUACCGAAAAUUAUCGCUACAAAUACUAAUAACAAUACAAAUUUAAAUGAUCAAGGUAGACAUUCAAGAGCUGUUUCUGUUGUUUCAAAUAUUUCAGUUGCUUCCAAAAAUUCGACUCAUAUUUCAUUUGUUAAAGCUGCAAUUUCUUCAAUUGCUGAACAUAAAGAAGGUAAAAAGAAUACAACUUUAGUUAAUUUAUCUAAAAAAACAUUGGAUAAAUUAAAUAAUAAUGGAUUUGAUUCAACUUCAGUUUUCGAAACAUUAAGAGUUGCUACCGAGACAAAAAUUGUGGAAAUUGUUGUUAUUGCAUUAGAUUGUAUUUCUAAAAUUUUUACAUUCCAAUUAUUUGAACCAAUUCAAGUUCCACCUCCAAAAAGUAUAACUGCUACAAAUGAUGUUGAUUUACCUGCUGGUGGUGAAACAACUCAAAUAACUCCACCACCUAGAAUCAAUCUAAUAGAUGCUGCUAUUGAAACAGUAGCAAGUUCAUUUGAUGGGGAAGGUACUGAUGAAAGAAUUGAAAUUCAAGUUGUUAGAGCUUUAAUGGCUGGAGUUUUAAAUGAACAAUUACCUGCACAUGGUUCAACUUUAUUAAGAGCUAUUAGACAAAUUUAUAACAUUUUCAUUUUAUCAUUAUCACCAAUUAAUCAAAAUAUUGCUCAAGCAAGUUUAACACAAAUUGUUAAUGUUGUUUUUGAUAAAGUUGAAAAAAUACCGCAUUCUAAAAAUUUACAAAUUAAAAGUUCAAGUUCAAUUAAUGUUAAUGAUUCUGGUUCACAAUCUCCAGGUCAAGGUCCAAGUACUCCAACUCGUCAAAAUUCACUAAUAAAUACAUCAAAUGGUGGUGAACCAUUAACUUUGAAAAAUUUAAAUAAUUUAAAUGAUGAAGAUGAACGUAUUGUUGAUCAAGAAAAUGAAAUUGGUGAUGAAAAUGAUUUAAUUAUUAAAGAUGCAUUCUUAUUAUUCAGAGCCAUGUGUAAAUUAUCAAUUAAAUCAUUGGAAAAUGAAUCAUUAGAUAUGAGAUCUCAUGCUGUUCGUUCAAAAUUGAUUUCUUUACAUAUUAUUCAUUCAAUUAUUAAAGAACAUAUUGAUGUUUUCUUAUCAAAAGAUAUAACAAUUUCUUCACCUUCAACAAAAGAGAAAACUAAAUUAGUUGAUGCUAUAAGACAAUAUUUAUGCUUAACAAUUUCAAGAAAUGCAGCUUCUGCAAUUCCACCAGUUUUUGAAACAACAUUAGAAAUUUUUUGGUUACUUGUUUCAAAUUUAAGAUCUGAAUUUAAAAGUGAAAUCCCAGUUUUCCUUAAUGAAAUUUAUUUCCCAGUUGCAGAAAUGAAAACUUCAACAUCUCAUCAAAAAAGAUAUUUUUUAACCAUAAUUCAAAGAUUAUGUAAUGAUCCAAGAGCUUUAAUUGAAUUUUAUUUAAAUUAUGAUUGUGAUACAUCACUGCCAAAUAUUUGUGAAAAAUUAACAGAUUAUCUUACAAAAUUAGCUUUAACCAAAGUUGAAAUUACUGCAAGUCAAAAAUCUUCUUAUAAAGAACAUGCUUCAAAACCAAUUGCAACUUAUAAUUUAUCUCAAUUACCAUUAUUAUCAAUAUCUAAAUUAUCUUCACAAUCUGCAAUUAAUGAUACAAAUUUACCUUAUCCUGUUGAUUAUUCAUUAAAAAUUACUUCAUUAAGUUGUAUCAUUGCAUUUUUAAGAUCUUUAAAUUCAUGGGCUCAUAAAGGUAUUACACCAGAAACUAGAUCAUCUUCAGGUUUAUUACCAAAUAGAAAAAGAUCAAGUACAAGUGGUUCAGCAGUUCCAUUAUCUCCAUCACUGUCUGUUGAUGAAGUUGAUGAUCCUCAAGAAUUUGAAAAUUUAAAACAACGUAAAACCGCUUUACAAGAUGGUAUUAGACAAUUUAAUUUUAAACCAAAAAGAGGUAUUGCAUAUUUAUUAAAACAAGGUUUUAUUAAAGAUCAAAACCCUUCCACAAUUGCACAAUUUCUAUUAAAACAACCAGGAUUAGAUAAAGCUGUGAUUGGUGAAUAUUUAGGUGAAGGUGAUGAUGAAAAUAUUGCAAUUAUGCAUGCUUUUGUUGAUGAAAUGGAAUUUUCAAAUACUUCAUUUGUUGAUGCUAUGAGAACUUUCUUACAAUCAUUUAGACUUCCUGGUGAAGCUCAAAAAAUUGAUAGAUUUAUGUUAAAAUUUGCUGAAAGAUACCUUGAUGGUAAUCCAAAUGUUUUCGCAAAUGCUGAUACUGCUUAUGUUUUAGCUUAUUCUGUUGUUUUAUUAAAUACCGAUCAACAUUCUACAAAAGUUAAAAAUAGAAUGACAAUUGAUGAUUUUAUUAAAAAUAAUAGAGGUAUUGAUGAUGGUAGAAAUUUAUCUGAUGAAUUUUUAACUCAUAUUUAUCAUGAAAUUGCUAAAAAUGAAAUUAAACUUCAUUCUGAACAACAAGCUGCAUUAUUAGCUGGUGAUAUUGUUCCAAAUCAAACAGGUCCAACUUUCACAUUAUUUGGUGGUAGAGAUAUUAAUAGAGAAGCUUAUAUUCAAGCAUCAAAGGAAAUUUCAAAUAAAACUGAAAAAUUAUUCAAGACUCUUGGUAAAACUAAAGGUGAUAAAAAACAUGUUUUCUAUUCUGCUUCACAUGUUGAACAUGUUAAGUCUAUAUUUGAUACUUUAUGGAUGUCAUUCUUAGCUGCUCUGACUGCACCUUUUAAAGAUAUUGAUGAUGAUGAAACUUUAAGUUCUUGUUUAGAAGGUUUGAAAUUAUCAAUCAAUAUUGCUGCAUCAUUUGGUUUAGAUUAUGCUAGAACUUCAUUUAUUGGUGCAUUAAUUCAAUUUGCUAAUUUAUCAAAUUUAAGAGAAAUUAAAGAAAAAAAUGUCGAAGCUAUUUUAUUAUUAUUAAAAAUUGCUGAAACUAAUGGUAAUAAUUUAAAACAAUCAUGGAGAGAUAUAUUAACUACAAUUUCUCAAGUUGAAAGAUUACAAUUGAUUUCUAAAGGUAUUGAAGCUGAUUUAUUACCAGAUGUCACAAAUGCAAGAGUUCAUAGAACUUCAUUAGAUAGUACUAGAACUACAAAUUCAAAUAAUUUCUUUUUCGGUUUGGGGAGAAGAGCUACACCAGCUGAACAAGCCCAAUCAAAUCAUCAAAAUCAACAAUUAGAUCCUCAUAUUGCUCAAUUAAUUGUUUCUACUGAUAUGAUUGUUGCAAUGGAUAAAGUUUAUACCCAAAGUGCUCAAUUGAAUGGUGGUGCUAUUAUUGAUUUCAUUAAAGCUUUAACGGAAGUUGCAUAUGAAGAAAUUGAAUCAUCAUUGGAUAGUAAUACACCAAGAACUUUCUCAUUACAAAAAGUUAUUGAUGUUUGUUAUUAUAAUAUGGGUCGUAUUAGACUUGAAUGGUCACCAAUUUGGGCUGAAAUGGGUGCUUGUUUUAAUAAAAUUGGUACAAAACAUAAUCUUUCAGUUGUUUUCUUUGCAUUAGAUUCUUUACGUCAAUUAGCUAUGAGAUUUAUGGAUAUUGAAGAACUUUCAGGUUUUAAGUUCCAACAAGAUUUCUUAAAACCAUUUGAUUAUAUUCUAAGAAAUUCAAGAGAUGUUCAAGUUAGUGAAAUGUGUUUGAAUUGUUUAACUAAUUUAAUUCAAUUGAAAGGUACCAAGACCAAAUCUGGUUGGAAAACAAUUUUUUCUGCUUUAAAUUUCACUGCUAGUGAUGUUAAUGAGACAAUUGUUUGGAAAACUUAUGAAUUAGUUAAUUCCAUUUAUAAAGAUCAUUUUGAAACUAUUUUCACGCAUGAAGAUUCAUUUUCAGCUUUAGUUUCUACUUUAAGAGAAUUAGCUAAAAAUACAAAAUUCCAAAGAAUUAGUUUACAUGCGUUACAAAAUAUUAAAACUAUUGUUAUUAAAGUUGCUGAAGUUACUUUAGAUGAUGAAAGUCCAUAUGUUAAGAAUCGUAAGGAUAUUUUCAAAGAGUUAUGGUAUCCUUCAUUAUUUAGUUUUAAUGAUGUUAUUAUGACUGGUGAUGAUUUAGAAGUUAGAUCAACUGCAUUGAAUUUAUUAUUCGAUAUAUUAGUUCAAUAUGGUAAUAGAUUUGGUGUUGAAUUCUGGGAUCAAAUUUGUGUUAGUUUAUUAUUCCCAAUUUUUGGUGUUUUAAGUAAACAUUGGGAAAUUAAUCAAUUCAAUAGUCAUGAUGAUUUAUCAGUUUGGUUAUCAACAACUUUGAUUCAAGCUUUAAGAAAUAUGAUUGCAUUAUUCACACAUUAUUUUGAUCAAUUAAGUAGAAUGCUUGAUGGAUAUUUGGGAUUAUUAAUUUCUUGUAUUUGUCAAGAAAAUGAUACAAUUGCAAGAAUUGGUAGAUCAUGUUUCCAACAAUUAAUUACACAAAAUAUGCAUCGUUUCAAUCAAGAACACUGGGAUAAAGUUACUGAAUCAUUUGAAAAACUGUUUGAUUUAACUACAGCCAUUGAAUUAUUUGAAGCAGAUCCAUUAAGAGAAGAAAAAUCAAGAGAUUUAGAGUCAUCAGAUUCUACACAACAAUUGAAUGAAGCUAAUGGAGUUGAUUUCAGUAAUAAUGGUGAAGACGGAACAAGAAGUAUAAGUAGAUCAACAAGUGCAGAAGAUGUUCGUAGAAAGAACAAAUCUAAAAAUGCAAUUGUGGUUAAAUGUAUUUUACAAUUAUUAAUGAUUGAAACAUUGAGUGAAUUAUUUGAAGAUGAACAAUUUUAUGAAGUUAUACCAUAUGAAUCAUUAGUUAGAAUUUCAGCAUUAUUAGAAAAAUCAUUUAGAUUUGCAAGAAAAUUCAAUGAUGAUUAUAAUUUAAGAGUUAGAUUAUGGGAAUCUGGAGUUAUUGAUAAAUUACCAAAUUUACUGAAACAAGAAUCAUCAUCAUCAGCAGUGUUCAUUAACAUUACAUUCAAAUUACAUAAUGAUGACCAUAAAGUUUCACCAAGGCAAAAAGAAGCAAUUAGUUCAAGUUUAAUACCAAUGUGUGUAUCAAUUGUGGAAAGAUAUGUAUCAUUAGAUGAUAGCUCACAACAAAGAAACAUUUCUACAUGGAGACCAGUUGUUGUGGAGAUUUUACAAGGUUAUUAUGAAUUAGAAGAACAAGAUUUCAUUAAACAUUGUCCACAUAUUUAUGAUUUAGUAUUGAAUAUUCUUGAUAAAAGUGUUCCAACAGAAUUACGUACAGCUAUAAAGAGAUUUUUUUCCAGAAUUGGAGAUGUGUAUAUUAAUGAUGACAAGUCUGAAACUGAAGCCUAA